CGCAUGCGCGCCGCCCGGCCGCAAGAUGUCAGCUCAGGGGGAUUGCGAGUUUCUGGUGAAGCGAGCCCGCGAGCUGGUGCCGGGAGAUGUAUGGGCGGCCAAGGCCUGGCUCAUCACGGCGCGGAGCCUAUAUCCCGCCGACUUCAAUAUACAGUACGAGAUGUACACCAUCGAGAGGAACGCGGAGAGGACGGCGUCGGCGGGCAGGCUGCUCUACGACAUGUUUGUGAACUUUCCGGACCAGCCUGCAGUGUGGAGAGAGAUCAGUGUUAUUACAGCAGCGCUGAGGAAUGACUCGCAGGACAAGCAGACACAGUUUUUAAGAGGAUUAUUUGAAACCCUUCCUGGUCGAGUGCAGUGUGAAAUGUUACUGAAGGCCACAGAGCAGUGUUUUAACACACUAGAAAGGGCAGAAAUGCUACUGCUACUUCUGCGACGCUUCCCAGAGACUGUGGUACAACAUGGGGUUGGCCUUGGAGAAACAUUAUUAGAAGCUGAAAAUAUUGAAGACCAAGAAUCCCCAGUAAAUUGUUUUAGAAAAUUGUUUGUUUGUGAUGUUCUUCCUCUAAUAAUUAACAACCCUGAUGUUCGACUUCCUGCCAGCUUGUUAUAUAAGUACUUAAAUAAAGCAGCAGAAUUUUAUAUUAACUAUGUAACUAGAUCUACACAGACAGAAAGCCAGUAUCAAGGUUCACAAGAUUCAUCUGAUCUUAUGUCUCCAAGCAAACGUAGCUCUCAGAAAUACAUAAUAGAUGGUCUUACAGAGAAAUCAUCCCAGAUUACAGAUCCUUGGGAGAGGCUGUUUAAAAUAUUGUCUGUGGUGGGAAUGAGGUGUGAAUGGCAAAUGGAUAAAGGAAGAAGAAGUUUUGGAGAUAUUUUGCAUAGAAUGAAAGACCUCUGCAGAUACAUCAGUAACUUUGAUAGCGAUGCACAUGCUAAAUACAAGAAUCAAGUAGUGUAUUCUACAAUGUUGGUCUUCUUUAAGAAUGCAUUCCAGUACGUCAGCAAUAUCCAGCCAUCUCUCUUCCAAGGUUAGUUUUCAUUGCUUUUAAAACUAUUGGUUUACAAAGUGUCAUGGAUUCUCUUUAAAAUUUUCCCAAUCUAUUGUUCUUAUCAGCAGAAGUAGUUCAGGACAACUUCCAAACUGUGUUGGAGCAAAGAUCUGUUUAACGUAGCAUUAUGAUUUCAAGCUCAGUGAGCAAUGGUAGUCUAGUGAAGAGAGAAGUAACAGCCCAGGUGUUAUGUAUAAUGUUACUAGGAUUCAUUCCCACUGUCCCAUCAGCAUCAUGUUUGUUUUUAUUUUCUCCUCUG